GGCGACUCGCAUCGACCAUGAAGUGGACCACAUCGGCGCUGCUGUUGGCGGGCCUGGCCCAGCUGGCGGCGGCCAAGUACUCGCGGGGCGAGGUUCCAGCUGACAAGGACUUCCUGCUGAAGCAGCGGGAGGUGUUGAAGCUGCUCAACAAGCCGCACGAGCCCAACAGGUACAAGGACCAGGCGGAGCUCGGCAACAAGUACGAGCCCUCCAACAACCUCAACAGAUACAAGAACCCGGUGCCCGUGAAGACGCUGGUGAAGCGCUGCCACUCGCGCGCGCUGCUGCCGCGCGGCCAGAUCUUCACGCUGUUCGACGACCAGCACCGCGAGGAGAUGGUGCUGCUGUUCGAGUCGCUGUUCUACGCGCUCGACUGGGACACCUUCUACAAGACGGCCUGCUGGGCGCGCGACCGCAUCAACGAGGGACAGUUCAUCUACGCGCUCAGCGUCGCCGUGAUCCACCGCGACGACGCCAAGGGCAUCGUGCUGCCGCCGUCCUACGAGAUCUACCCGCACCUGUACGUCAACAGCGAGGUCAUCCACGCCGCCUACAAGGCCAAGAUGAGGCAGGAGCCGGCCGUCGUGCGCAUGAACUUCACAGGCACCAUCCGCAACCCGGAGCAGCGCGUGGCCUACCUGGGCGAGGACCUGGGCAUGAACAGUCACCACGCCCACUGGCACAUGGACUUCCCCUUCUGGUGGAAGCCGGACGAGUACGGCGUGCAGAAGGACCGCAAGGGAGAGCUCUUCUACUACAUGCACCACCAGCUGAUCGCGCGGUUCGACCUGGAGCGGCUGUCCAACGACCUGCCCCCCGUGGAGCCCCUGGGCUGGACGCAGCGCAUCGUGGACGGCUUCUACCCGCAGACCACGUACCGCGUGGGCGGCGAGUUCCCGGCGCGGCCCGACAACUUCGAGUUCCAGGACCUGGGCCACAUCAAGCUGCAGGACAUGGUGGACUUCGAGCGGCGCGUGCGGGAGGCCAUCUCGCACCAGGCCGUCAUCACCGUGACGGGUGACUACUACUCGCUCAACGACACCACGGGCAUCAACACGCUGGGCGAGAUCAUGGAGCCGUCCACGACGUCCAAGCACCGCGAGUACUACGGCGCCCUCCACAACUACGGCCACAUCCUGCUGGGCAAGAUCACCGACCCCAAGGGCAAGUUCAACAUGCCGCCGGGCGUGAUGGAGCACUUCGAGACGGCCACCAGGGACCCGGCCUUCUUCAGGCUGCACAAGCACAUCGACAACCUCUUCAAGCUGCACAAGGACCUGCUGCCGCCCUACACCCAGGAUGAGCUGCUACUGCCCGGGGUGAAGAUCACAGAAGUGACUGUGGACCCUCUGGAGACUUACUUCGAAGACUUCGACGUGGACCUUCUGAACGCGCUCGACGACACUGUUGACCUGGACGAUGUGGAGAUCAAGGCGCGGGUGCGUCGCCUCAACCACAAGCCGUUCGCCAUCCACGUGACCGCCGAGAGCGACCGCGAGACCUUGGCCACCGUGCGCAUCUUCAUCGGGCCCAAGUACGACUGGUUCGGCCAGGAGAUCCCGCUCGACGAGAAGAGACGCUACCUGGUCGAGAUCGACAAGUUCGUCACCAAGGUGAGCGCGGGCAAGACGGUGAUCCAGAGGAAGUCCAGCGAGUCGAGCGUCACCAUCCCGGACAGAGAGACCACCAAGCUGCUGGUGGCCAAGGUGGAGAACGCCAUCAACGGCCAGGCGUCCAUCAACGUGAACAAGGACGUGCGCCACUGCGGCUACCCUGACCGCCUGCUGCUGCCCAAGGGAAAGAAGGGAGGCAUGCCCUUCACUCUCUACGUCGUGCUCACCGACUACAACAAGGAGAAGGUGAACGACCUGCCCUACGACUACGACUACGGCGGCUCGCUCAGUUACUGCGGCACCAUCAACCACAAGUACCCGGACAGCCGGCCCAUGGGCUUCCCCUUCGACCGCCGCCUGUCCCCGGACACCUUCCAGCUGCCCAGCAUCUGCUCCAAGGACGUGACCAUCACCUUCCAGGGUUUCGCCCUCGGCGGACGGCAGCGGUCGACGGAACACUUAUCUGCCAUCGGCCGGAAGGUCAGUGACCGCGGAGGGACACCUCCAGACAUGUGGACCUCAGCAGCGCUCCUGGCGGGCCUCGUGCUCACCGCGGCCUCGCUGCCCCGGGAGGCCGACCGCUACUUCCAGGCUCCCAAGGAGUACCUGGAGAACCAGAAGCACCUCUUGCAGCUGUUCUGGAGGCCUCAGGAUCCGGAGGUGUUCCCGGACAUGGCCGAUCUCUCCAGGACCUACAAACUCGAGGAGCAGAUCGACAACUACCAGGAUGGAGCCCACGUCAAGAACUUCGUGACCCACCUCAAGGCGGGCCUCCUGUACCCGAGGGACCGGAUCUACAACCAGUACUCGGAGCACGGCCGCCGAGACCUGGAGAUGGUGCUCGACCUGCUGGUGAACGCCAAGGACUUCGCCACCUUCUACGCGACCGCUGUGUACCUGAGACAUCACAUCAACCUGGGGGUCUACUACUACGCCCUCACCACGGCCCUGGAGGCCCGCGAGGACACCAGGGACUUCUACUACCCGCCGCUCUACGAGGUCUACCCCUACCUCUUCGUGGACGAGAGAGUCAUCCAGCAGGCGCUGGACGCUAAAAUCAGAGGCCUCCAGACCGACCACCGCGAGAAGGUCGUCAUCCGCUCCAACUACUCCAGCUACUGGGACGCUGACCUCGACCCAGAGACCUCGCUCCGCUACUUCAGAGAGGACGUGGGGCUCAACACGCUCAACGCCGAGUUUGACCGGCGGAUGCCCGCCUGGUGGGACUCCCUCAAGUACCAGCGGUCCGUGGACCACAAGGGCGAGCUGUACUUCCACUACCAGAGGCAGCUGCUGGCCCGCUACUACCUGGAGCGGCUCAGCAACAACCUGGGGGACAUCCCCUACCUCACGGACGACCAGCCUCUGCCCAGCUACUACCCCCACCUGAGACACGCCAACGGGCAGGCGGUCCCCGCACGCCAGCCGUACACUUACCGCCGCGACACCGAGGAGACCAUGAUCAAGGAGAUCGACUACACCAUCAGCAACCUGUGGAAGGCCAUCGACAUGGGUUCCAUCUAUGACGUCAAUGGCACGAAGAUUACCCUGGACUACCCUCACGGAGUAGAUGUGCUGGGAGAGCUCACUUACUUCUACGGAGACAGUCCAAAUGAGAAACUCUACGGCUCCAUCUUCUAUGACAUGUUCCACCAGCUUGGGCAUAUGGCCGACCCAGACGAACAAUACGACUUGGCACCAUCUGCACUGAUGCGACCAGAGACAGCCCUCAGAGACCCGCUCUACUACUCUGUCAUCUACAAGUUCUUCGAAGACAUCUACUACAGGUACAUCGAGAAAGUGCCCAAGAUCACCCACGAAGAUGUGUACGUGCCCGGGCUGAAGAUCGAGGACGUGCACGUGGGCGACUUGAUCACCUACUUCGAGGACUUCGACGUGAACCUCGCGAACGUCCACAACAUGGCCUACAAGGAGGACAAGGACAUGGAGAUCUACGCGAGGCUGAGGCGCCUCAACCACCGCCAUUACAGCUACAAGGUGUCCGUCAACAGCGACAAGGACAUGGACGCAGUGGUGAAGGUGUACCUCGCGCCCAAGUACGACAGCCAGCACCGCCUGCUGCCGCUCAACAAGAGGGUCUUCUACGCCUUCGAGAUCGAUCGGUUCAUCACUAAGGUGCCUGCUGGCAAGAGCGUCAUCGAGAGGAAGUGUGACGAGUCGACAGUGGCCGUGCACGACCCGCCGAGCCUGGUGGAGAUGUGGAAAAAGGUCGAGGCAGCUCUGGAAGACAAGGAGCCCUUGAAGGUGGACAAGUUCGCCCGGCCCUACGGCUUCCCCCAGCGCCUGCUGCUGCCCAAGGGCACGCGCGCCGGCCUGCCCGUGCAGCUCGUGGUGGCCGUGUUCCCCCGCCAGGAGGCCGACACCACGGACCUCGCCGCCUACCACCUGGACUCCUUCCCGCUGCUGGGCGCCGGCUACGACGUCAAGUUCCCCGACCGCCGGCCCAUGUCCUUCCCCGCCGACCGCCUCUACCGCAGCGAGUACGACGCCCAGGUGCCCAACAUCCACACCGAGGAGGUGCGCAUCUACCACAAGACCCUGGAGGAGAUCAACUCCGUGCCUGACACCCACCAGUAGCGCCGCCGUCGCUGUCUGUACUGCUGCCGUGCCACGCUGAAAUAAAGCUCAUUCUUGUCCAGCAA